AUGGCCGAACCAUCUCCCAACCCAGCAGCGCCAGAAACCCCAGACACGGAUGCCACAAUCACAAACGGCGACGCACAAGCACAAUCGGCAGACGUAGAAAUGGCAGACUCGACCACCGAACAAGCAGUUCAAGGUGAAUCCUCAUCGUCAUCAGCGCAAGCAGCAUCAUCGCAUCAACCUACCGUGCAAACACAACCGCCAACACCGUCGUCGUCGACAACGCCCGCAGCAGCAGCAGCAGCAGCAGCGCAAAACGCACCUACACUACCUCCUGCUUCUGCUUCUGCGCCCACGCCCACGCCCGCUUCAUCGCGAAACUCACCGCAUCCCACGGCGCCGGCGCCCUCGCAGCCGAUUCCACAUGGGAGCCCUACACGCGUCUACCUGAAUCAGAAUGUUACGCCGUACCUGCUCGAGGCCAUGAAGCAUCUUGCGACGCAGGAGCCCGAGAAGCCGCUCAAGUGGCUGAGCGAGUUUUUGGCGCAGAAAAGUGCAGAGGUGGAGGGCGCUUGAGAAGUGGUGCGUGGGCUGAGGGAAGGUGAGCAGGAUCAAGUGGUUGCUGGGGUAUAAUGUAUGUGCUGGGAAAGAACAAGCGGGAGGGAACUACUAAAGACAGUAGUUUGCACGACUCAAGAUAAUGUGUGGAGAUAUCCAGGUGGUAUAGCUGGCGUGCAAGACAUGUAACAAGGCAGGCGUCGUAUACGAAAAGAUACCCAAGUCAAACCAGCAUCGAC